UGACCGCCCGCUUUUUGGUCGUCCUUGUCCCUCGCCUCGACGACGACCGCGUAUGCAGGCAGUGGCCCCAGCAACCGCGAAAUUCCAGCUCGCUGUCCCCCACAUCCUCGGCUCUGUCUCACCGGGUCUCGCAGCCCUUCAUGCCGCACGUGCGCGCAGGCUGCAUCCGGCCGACGCGACCUUGCGGACUACGCAUUGCCCAGCAUGCGGCGCGGGAUAUCUUGACGGGGGAGGCGAGUACAGGUCUGUGCGCUCCAAUGACAGGCAGAGGCGCGUGAACCGCAUGGACAAGACACCGCCUAGGAGAUCCCUGCACAUGUUAUGCGGGGUGUGUGGACAUCGUGAAGAGCUGCCUAUAGAGCCAGAAGGCGCGUCCUCCUUUGUACCGCCGAGGAAAAGAAGAAAAACCGUGGCCUCGAAUGCCGACAUCCCCAACCUUCCCAACGCCAACGCGGUCGCAGCGAAGUCCGGGGAAGCUGUACAUGCGCGAAGUGAACCCAAACCUGCUGGUCUGGCAGACAGCCGUCAGUCCCAGACCAAGGCCGGGCCAUCGAGCAGAACUACCGACGGCUCACAUAACACGCCCGCAACCAUCGCGCGCUCGAAAGCACGGCUCAAGAAGUCUACCGGGCUGCAGAAUCUACUGGCACGGAAUCGUGAGAAGCAGGAGCAGGAGAAGAAGGCUACUGGAUCAGGAUUGUCUGCUUUCUUGCAGGAUCUAGGGUAGCAGGAUAGCAUAGCUCGCGGCGAGCGAUCAACCGCCGUUAGAGAUGACAUGAUCAUGAAUUUUGUAAGGGACAUCAGCAUCGUAGAAACAUCCAAAACGU